GUUCUUGUGACAGGUCGUCUCUCCCAGCAGGUGUUUCCUCUCCAGAUGAAGGUCUGGACUCUGCUAUGAGUCAGUGUGAGGACAGAGAGGAGGGAGUCCCUCCCUCUAAAACCACUGGACCUGGACAUGGACCUGGACCUGGACCUGGACCUGAUCCUGAACCUGGACCCAGCUGUGUGUCCUUGAAGAGUGACCAGUCUAUAGAUUAUAUUAUUGACUUUAAAGUUGGACAACCUGCUGAUGGAAGGAUGCAGCAGCAGAAACCAGUAUCUCAUGGACCUGAACCUGGACCUGCAUCAGUACCUGCAUCAGGACCUGGAUCUGGACCCAGCUGUGUGUCCAUGAAGAGUGACCAGUCUAUGCCUGAUAUUAUAAACUUUAAAGUUGGACAACCUGCUGAUGGAAGGUUAGUAUCUGACUCUUAG